GAGCAGCUCUGUGCUCUGGAUGACUGGACGGACACCGGAUAACUAGCAUUAGCUGAAUCCCUGCUCUUGUAAUCGGACUUUAAAUUAUAUUUAAAUCAACCACGAAGCUGACAGUGGACACGGUCUCAGUCUGAGGAUGUUCGGGGUUUACAGAAGUUCAAACUUUUGUGAUUUAACCAUGGAAACUAGAAAGAAGUGGACAGCGGCGACGACAACAAAGUCAGUUGACAAACGGCUGUGAAGAUAACGGACCAAUGGACAAUGUGAGAGCUGGACCAAACUGAAUCUGCUGCCUGGGUCUCCUCCAGCUUCAACUCACCCUCCUCUCCGUGCCAAAUGCCUCCGCGGGGCGAUGGGAGCUACAAGCCGGAAUCUGUGUCCCCUACUCCGCCUGUCCCACCCAGGAGGGUCCGGAGCCGGGACAGGGUCUCCGGCAGGACGCGGCGGUCCGGGGCAGGGGCAGCGGAGAGGCGGGUGAAGUGUGUGCUGGUGGGGGACGGAGCUGUGGGGAAAACCAGCCUGGUGGUCAGCUACACCACAAAUGGAUAUCCCACCGAGUACGUCCCGACCGCGUUUGACAACUUCUCAGCGGUGGUGUCAGUGGAUGGGCAGCCAGUCAAACUACAACUCUGUGACACUGCUGGACAGGACGAGUUUGACAAGCUGCGUCCUCUGUGUUACACCAGUGCAGAUGUGUUCCUGCUGUGCUUUAGUGUCGUCAGUCCCGCCUCUUUCCAGAACGUUCCUGAGAAGUGGGUCCCAGAGAUCCGGAGACACGCCCCAUUCGCUCCACUUGUACUCGUUGGGACACAGUGUGACCUUCGAGAAGAUGUCAAGGUUCUCAUUGACCUGGCUAAGUAUCGGGAGCGGCCGGUCGACCCGGCGGACGCUCGGGACUGUGCGGUGGAGAUUGGAGCUGUGGCCUACAUGGAGUGCUCCUCUCUGACCCAAAAAAAUCUUAAGGAAGUGUUUGACACAGCCAUAUUGGCCAGCCUGCAGAACCACAGCUCCCAAAAGCACCCGAGAGGGAAACAAAAACGACGGAAAAAGCAAAGGCAGACACCGGACAAGAUGAAGAGUCUGUCAAAGUCCUGGUGGAAAAGAUAUUGCUGCGUGGCCUAGAGCAGGCCUGUGAUUGGGUCUUGCUAUUGUUGCGGUCUAAGAUUCUGAUCCUCUGUUGACUUUAUCCUGGUCUGGAUUCAGCUGGGUUUGGGUUCUGCCUGGACUCGCUUUCAGUUUGGGUGUCUCUCUAAUGGAGCCUGAUGUUGAGCAGGACCUCGACUGGAGUGUGGCUGAGAACCAAAGUAAGACUGUCAUGGAUCUAAAAAUGUUUUUGUUUUUGUUUGGAGAGGGGUUUUAGUCUUAUCACAGAUGAGAUUUACUACUGAGCCCAGCCUGGUUCCAGCAGAACCUGCUCUGAAAACCAAGCAGUUCUGCUGUGUCUUAUAAAGAACCAGGUGCUUUUGUGCUUAAAUGUCCUUUUUCUAACCUGGUUUUAAUCUUAGCCUGCCUCCAGUAUGAGCUCUCGACAGGAUAAGGUGCUUCUUGCUCUUCUGAUAUUAAACUGGUAAAAACCUUCCCAGCCUAGUAUGGGUUUAUGUAGCCUUGUUAUGUAGCCUGGAAGGGACCUGGACUGCCUGCAGACUAUAAAUGGUGUAUAAAUGAAACUGCAUUUAAACUUAAUCAUUUUUCUAACUUGUCUCUAACUUUAGUCUGGUUUCCAAUACUCAUGAUUAAAAAUAACCGCUGACUGAAAUAGAGCGGCUCUCCGACCAAACCUCGUCCUUAUUUACAUAAGAACACGGGACCAGAGCUGAUCAUUUCAUCACUGGACAUGAUUUAGGUCAGAACGUAGUCAAAAAGUCCAGCCCAUGGUCAAUUUAAGAGCUUCUUUUUUUAUAACUGGGGUUAUUGUUGUUCUAAUGAAAGAGCUUCCUUCAUUAAGCAGCAAAUAAUUUUAUCCUGGUCACAUGCACAGUUUACUGUGAUGCAUCUUACAAACCUAAUCUGGAACCUGCAUCAUGGUUUGUAUUUCAUUUUUAGUCUGGAUCUGUACUAUUUAUGGAGUUAGGUCUGGCUUGGUUAUCAGUGCGUUUGUUUUUCAUUGUCCUGCCACUGUGAAGCCAGACAGUGAAUAGGUUUGGUCAUGCUCAGAGUUUGGUCAGAUUCAUAUCACAUCUUAUUUGGAAAAGAUUUCCAAAGAUAACUGGGCAAUGUAACCUACAGCAUAUCUUAGUACUAGCUAAGGAUGCUGAACAUGCCAAGACUUUCUGAAUAUCCAUGUGAUUAAAACACAAGCAUUGUUCUGUAAAAGCAAGUUGGAUUUUUACCCAAGAAGACUCAACAUUGUAUCUAGGAGUCAGUGACCUGCUUCAGGUUUCCACCAGUAGCUGUUAAGUAGUAGUUAGUUUAUCGUCCUCGUCUAUCCUACAUUAGUACUGCAGGACUGUACAGUCUGUGAAAAUGGACUGGUACCAAUGUGGCUUGGUUACAUAGAAAUCAUUGAACUACGCAGGUUGCCUUUGUCUGGCUAGCACUUGAUCUUAAUGGGACAUGUUGCUGUUUUAGCGUUUUGCUCAUGGCAAAGUUGUGGCUUGUGGAACCAUGUGAUCACAUGGUUCCACAAGCCACAACUUUGCUCAGUGCAGUAGCCAGGUUACUUAUCUGGAGCUCCCUUUUCACAUACAAAGAAGACAGUCUAAAACUGAGAAUAUCGAGAGUUGAGUUUGAAUCAUUCAUCCUGUCAACCAGUAAUUUACUCAGAUAAUUGUACUGCUUGGUGCAUGUUUGAUUUAUGUUUCCAGCUACUAAAACAGCCUCAAGUGUGAGCACUUAAGAGUUGGAACAACCGAGUGCUCUCUGCAUGUGUUUGAAUUUACAAAAUGGGCUCAGCCUUUUGUUUCUGAAGAAAAACUAAAAUAAACAAAGUCGGGUUUUUUCUUAGCUUUCCAGCGCAAUUGUGUAUGUAAGACUGUGAAGUUUCAAUUAUUUACGUAUUCAGCGAAAUCUUUUGUUAGUAGUUAAAAACUAUAGUUUGAUUCAUAAUGUUUGUUGCUCUGCAUUUGCUCCCUUUAUCCAGAACUUGAUCUUCCGCUUUAUUACAGUGGCCACCAUGGAUUAUUUCUACCAUUCUGAGUCCAUGCUGCGUUCCUACUACAGAGACAUCCAUUGUCCAUCCUAUGUCUACUGUACGCUCUGUUAGUUCUGCAGCUGCCUCUGCAGCCUCUUCUCUCUCCAAUAGAUCAAGUUUUAUAUGUUGUAAAGCAGAAAUAAAAAGGCAAACUGAAACACAAGAUGUGUGGCUGUCAAAUACUCAACUGCCACGCCUUCCUUUGUACAUUGUAGUUACUAAAACAAGAACAAAACCCAAUCAUUUAAAACUAUUUCUCUACAGUUCCUACAUCUGAAUGGCCCUUUGUAUUAGAGUUGCUGCAGCAGAAGGAAAAAAGGGUGCAACCAGGUUGGAGUCUGUAAUGGACUGAAGAAGAUCCACUGUGGUUUAGUACAUAUCCAGCAUAAUCAUUCAUAUUAAUCAGACAAAAAUGCAAAAAUGGAUUUUCACUCUUGCAUUUCUUAAAAAACAAACAAAAAAAUUAAAAAAAUAUAAACCUUUGUGUGACUAGUAAGACUAUAAGACUCUUAAGGUUCAGGGUUAACAUCUGUAUCCCCCUCACACCAUUUCAUUUGACUAACUAAUAUUGUGCUGAUUUUGCUUGAAGUAAUCAGUGAUUUUAACUCCAUGUGUCUGAUAAUAUCCCUUUAAAAGUCAACAAUAACCUUGAUCUGGAGAGGAUUAGUAAAUCCUGGCCUAAAGGGGAGGGAUAUCUCAUUUUCUCAGUGUCUAAUCAAUGUUAGUCCAGAGCUUAAGGAGAUGUGAACCCUGAGCUAACAGGAAUCUUAUCCCAAGAUUAAUUAUAGUGUGAAAGCCCUGAAAAAGUGCAGCAGUGUUCUGAGUAUAUUUUUUCCCUUAAGUGUAACCUUGUGCCAUCUUCUAGUGUGUGCUUCAAAGUUGGUUCUCUACUGGUGUGAAAUGGAGUGAGCAGUGGUGUGCCUUAAAAUUCAAUUAGUAUUAAUUACUUUUAUAUGUAACUUUUGUGAAGAAACUGUGCUAGUUAAGAAGUAACUUUAUUAUAAGAUUCAGGUUUUUUUCUAACAAACUGAUUUUCUUUUCAGAAACCAGAUCUGUGGAUCAUUUUCACCCGGUUAGUUCACCAAUCUCUUUUAAACGUUACUGUUAUGCUCUACCAAAUACUCUACAGCUUAAUGUUGGUACCAACAUUUGAUUUUUACCCCAAAAAUGUCAAACCCAAACUGAUCCUGAAAUUGUUUUGCAAUCUGGCAACAAGCUGUGUAUUAAUGACAGUAUUUACAGUGUUGCUCUCCAAGACAAAUCUGGAAAAAGGAAUCAAAUUGAACUGUCUGCUUAUGUUGGGUUUAGGCCUCAGUGUAAAGCUGUGACUCCUGAUUGCAGGACUGUGCAUUUCUGGAGCUGUCUGGUAGUUUUAUGCUGAAGAUGCUACAACUGCGACUGAAUGGGCUCACUGUGUUGAUGUUUUACUCAUGAUAGCAAAUGUAUUGUUUCUUCCUGGGGAAUAGGCAUAAUAAGUUACUUGUCUUGCUGUUUGUCUGCAGCCUUGGGUGAUGGUGGAUUUAAGUAGGCUAAAGGUCACACAGACCCUUAUGAUAGCUGGCACUUCCUCUGUGAGGUUUCACCAGUCUUCCAUUUUUAAAUUCACAAUUUAUAGACAGCAUAGUAAGCUUCUCUUCACAGUGCGUUAUCCUGCAUGUGAUGUAGGCCUGCGUUCAUACUGAGAAAGAUAUAAACCCGGGUUGAUUUAUUCCUAUUUGAGUAAAUUAAAACAAUAUGAAUAACAUUUGGGUUUGUUGCUGUUCAAUUAGUCAACAAGGGCUUGCAUGAGUCUGACAAGGACACAUAAAUUAGCUUAUGAUCCUUUAAAGUGAGUAACCUUUUUUGAACAGCAUCCACUCUGGCCAUGUGCUGAAACGUAGUUUAACAGUAACACAACUAGAGAGGAGUCAUAAAGUCAGCUAACUGACUCAGUAAUGAAGUAAGCAAACAUCAGCUAACAUGAGCUACCAAAUCUACUGGUCAUACAAGUAACAGCAAAACCCCUGAGUGUAUUUAAGUGAACAGUGGUUUCAGGUUCUUUUAGGAGUAAGCUGGUUGAUCUUCAGCAGGAUGUGUCUUGUAUGACAGAUAUAUGGUUUUGUAAUGUGGAGCAGAUGGGUCUCUGAAAGUGAACUAUCGUGUGUAAUGAGAAGACAUGAUGGUGACUGUCCACUAGGUAGUCAGAGUGUUGUGCUGUAAACUUGGUGUUUUGUUAAGGUAAGACAAAGUGUUAAUGUCGCGUGUUUGGGACAAGUGCAAAGUCUGUGCUUUAACUUGCCACAAAGAAAUGUACUGGUGAUGUAUUUGAGUAUAAUGACAAUGGCUGGCUGUGAUUUGUGUGAUUGAUUUUGUAUUGGAACAGGCUCUCAAACGGCCAAAAAAGAAUAAAAGAUAGGGUUAUUAAUAAUUAUCUGUACUGAUUACAGUAUGAUGUAGUGACUCAUAUUUUGGAUGUUUAGAAGACAGGUUGGUGCAGGUAUGCCAACGUGCCACAUAUAUCCCUUAAAGCCCGGUGGGUUUAAACAACAGGAGACAGCGGGGGGAAAUGGACAAAAUGGUUCAUUCUUGAGAUUUAAUCAAUUUUUCAUUGAGGCUGAUACCCCCUAAAGCACACCUGAUCUCACUCACAUGGGACACCAGCUGAGAACUUCUCUUAGGAAACCAACCAGCUCAGCCUGUGUGAAACAUCACUGUGUUUUUAUUUUUCCUCAAUAUAAAAACAUGGUAAGAGAUAAUAUACUGCUGCAAUCUGCUCACACUGAAUUCUCUGUUGAACCGAGGACGUCAGUCAAAGGAACAUGUGUUUGUACAGAAGUUUUAUACCCUGAGAAAUAAAGAAUAUUUGGUUUAAUA